GACUGGCUUUGUCUAUUCAACUUAUUCGAAGGGAACAUUCGUUCGCAUUCUUUUCCCUGUUACUUUCAUAACAUCGAAGUGACGGGAUAGGCGAAGAUUCCCCGAAAAGGUGAAGUGGAGCGUUCGUCAUGGAUGGUAUUGAUCCAGACGUUCUGCUAGAAUGGCUUCAAACUGGCAUCGGAGAUGAAAGGGAUCUCCAGAUGAUGGCUUUGGAGCAGCUUUGCAUGUUGCUGCUUAUGUCGGAUAAUAUUGAUCGGUGCUUCGAAUCAUGCCCACCACGAACUUUUCUACCUGCGCUUUGCAAAAUCUUCCUGGAUGAAACCGCAACCGAAGCUGUCCUAGAAGUGACGGCACGAGCAAUCACAUAUUACCUUGACGUUUCAAAUGAGUGCACACGCCGAAUAAUACAAGUAGAUGGGGCUGUGAAGGCUAUAUGCAAUCGGCUCGCCGCCGCCGAAAUGACGGAUAGAACGAGUAAAGAUCUGGCUGAACAGUGCGUCAAGCUCCUGGAGCACAUUUGCCAGCGUGAAACUUUGGCUGUUUACGACGCAGGGGGUAUGCAUGCAAUGCUAACCCUUGUUCGCCAGCACGGAUCACAAGUCCAUAAGGAUACAAUGCAUUCAGCAAUGUCUGUUGUCACACGAUUGUGUGGGAAAAUGGAACCGAACGAUGCUGCCCUCCCUCAAUGUGCUGAAAGUCUUGGAGCAUUAUUGGCACAUGAAGAUACAAAGGUCUCUGAAAGUGCUCUACGUUGUUUUGCUGCUUUAACCGACCGUUUCAUUCGCAAGAUGCUCGACCCCGCUGAGUUGGCUACGCACAGCAAUCUGGUUGAGCACCUGCUAACCACACUGUCUAGUGAUACUGCUGCCCAUUCUGCCAAUUUCAUCUCCAUUGUCCUAUCAUUACUCAGUAAUUUGUGUCGAGGCAGUGCUGCGGUCACCGAACAAGUGUUGAGUUCACCCCGCCUGAUAUCUGCACUACAGUGUGUACUUACUAAUAAAGACGAUCGAUGCGUUACGGACGGACUUCGACUUGCCGACCUUCUUGUUGUGUUGCUAAGUGAAGGACGAUCGGCUCUUCCAUUCACAAUGGCUUACCAAUCGAGUGGAGAACCUGGCCAAAGUGGUCAAAGCGCUGAACGUGCUCACCGUCAUUUGAUCGACGCUAUCAGACAAAAGGAUUUAAGCGCUCUCGUCGACACUAUAGACAACGGAGUUGUCGACGUCAACUUCACAGAUGACGUCGGACAAACAUUGUGCAACUGGGCUUCUGCAUUCGGCUCCUUGGAAAUGGUGCAAUAUCUUUGCGACAAGGGUGCUGACGUCAACAAAGGGCACAAAAGUAGCAGUCUUCAUUAUGCAGCCUCCUUUGGACGACCAGAUAUAGUAAAAGUGUUACUUCAACGAGGAGCAAAUCCUGAUUUGAGAGAUGAAGAUGGAAAGACAGCUUUGGAUAAGGCACGAGAGAGAACUGACGAAGAUCAUACACAAGUCGCUCAAAUCCUGGAGAGUCCAUCCGUGUACAUGCAUAGCAAAUCGGAUGACCAAGGUAAAGGAAAGCUAGCUUCUGUGGUACGAAAAAACAGUAGUAGUGAUCUACCUGACCGAGAAUUAGCAGUACGAGUCCUCCAUCAGCUUUUGCCGAUUUUCUGCGAGAUUUUCAUGAAAUCCCUAUCUGCAAGUGUUCGUAGAACAUCGCUUUCGCUUCUUCGUAAAAUUGUCGAGCAUAUGCAAGUUGAUGAUCUGCGAGCCCCAUCCAAUCAAGGGAAGGAAGCUCAAGGCUGCUCAUCAGACCCACACGCUUUGUCAUCCAACGAUUUGCCCCCUGGUGCAGAGAACUUAGUGUCCGUUGUGGUAUCGGUCUUGGAGCAAGAAGAGGAUCACGACGGCCAGGAACAGGUCUUGCUGAUUCUGUCUUCGUUGCUGAAAAAGGAUCCUGAACUAUGGGUUCCGGAGCUUGUACGUCUUGGUGUCUUCGAAAGGGUCGAAGCAAUGGCCAAAGAGCCGCCAAGAAGUCACGAGGAUGAUGAUGAAGACGGCGAUCGUGCUGACGAGCUGAAUGCUCGAAAUAGUGCCAUGAGCAGGUCAACGACAUCGACUCCUUCGGUUGCGAUGGAGCUAGACGUAGCAGAAAGGAGUACUUCCGCUGGUGUAAGUGACGAGACGGAACGAGAGCGCGCGGCAAUGUUGAAUGUGAUGAUGGAGGUGGAGGACAUGAGCACCACUGAAACGCCACCGCCUACAGUUGAAGUAGUUGAUUCGAAUGCUGGUACAUCUCUCACUUUGAUGGUGCCAACUUCUUCAAAUGACAAGGGAAAGCUUGUUCUCCAACAAGACACUCCAUAUCGUUGGAAGGAAUGGCGAGUGGUGCGUGGUGAAGAGUCCACAUUCAUUUGGUGCGAUGUCCUGGCCCUUGAGUUCAGCUUCAACAGCAAUGGAUGGUUCCGUUUCUUAAUGGAUGGAGAAGUAACAACGAUGUUUAACAAUGGGGUAGCUGAAAACGUGUCUGCUGAAGUGCGGGCAGAAAACAAAAAGUCUUUCAUGACAAGAUGGCGAAGAGCUAAACAAGCUUGGAAUGAUGAUUCGCUUCCUGUCAGUAUCUUAUGUGUGCCUUGCAUCGGCAAAAAGGUGGAGUUUCCUCGUUGGGAAAUUUGGAGCCCUCGUUCAACGGAACUUACCAUCAAAUGCUUGAAAAGUGAAGAGCACAUUGUUGUAAAGGAUGAGCUUGGUGGAUUUGUGAUUGAAACUAGUGAUAAGAAUAAACAUAGCCAAAUGCCGGAGACUGCUCUGACCUCGGAAUUCCAUACCGGCUGGAGUUCACAUGGAAUGACCGCUAGAAGAUCUAAAUUCCGCGGCGAAAUUCAGCGGCGUAAAGUGCAAGAGCUUGCUUGGGAGUUGUGGAACAACCACCUCAAGGAGGCCCGUGCGAAGCCUCGUGAAGCCUUGAUCGAGCUUCAGAAAGCAGCAGUCUGCAUUCAGGACGCUGUGACCACAGCCAAUCUCAUCGCUGGAAUAUCCAUAAAGAGCAAGCACGUGAAGCAGCCUCGUAUUGAGAAAGUGCAAGAGCUUGUUUCCGCUUUGAAAUGUGUACGUGAAUCGGUUGUGGAUGACAGGCGGCUGUCAACUUUCGAAUUUUCCGUGUCCGGAAUCGUCCCUGCUUUGCACAAUCUUCUGGCAUUAGUGGAACGACAGCCUGGGAGCUAUCCAGCUCGCAUAUUUGGCGAGACAUUCGCGCAUGGAUCUGCCUUGCCGAGCCUUGCAUCAAAGAUGGUCUCUGUACUUGAAUCUACCGAGAAGUUUCCGCAGUACCUCUAUGAUACCCCUGGUGGAUCCGCUUUCGGCCUUCAACUGCUGUCGCGUCGAAUUCGCAUGAAAUUAGACCAAGCUAUCAGCGAGCACGAUGACAAGAAACAGCUUAUCAACAGAAGUGGACGGUUGCUGAAGAGUGAACCACUCACCACUAUUGGGCAGUUGAAGUCCUUCCUUCUGAAAAUGGUUGCAAAGCAAUGGUUUGAUCGCGAACGCUGCAACUUGAGUUUUGUCAAAACUAUCGAAGAGGCGAAGAAAACCGGUGAAAGAAUUAGGCUUAUAUACACCAGCGAUUUCGACGAGCAAGGCAUCAUCUACUGGUUGGGAACAAACGGAAGAACUGCUUCGGACUGGACUAACCCAGCGUCGAUCGGUAUAGUGCAAGUCACAUGCUCUGACCAAAGACAACCUUUUGGCAAGCCUGAGGAUGUUCUUAGUCGUGACGUAAAUCCGAUCAACUGCCAUUCUAGUGACGAUAAAAAUGCCAACUUCACUAUCGAUCUCGGCGUCCUUAUCUAUCCUACUGCGUACACAUUGAGACAUGCAAGAGGAUAUGGUCGUUCUGCCCUACGGAACUGGCUUCUUCAAGGUUCCAAGGACAAACAAGUUUGGGAAGUACUAGUUGCGCAUACUGACGACACCAGCCUUGGUGAUCCUGGUUCGACAGCUACUUGGCCGAUAGAGGAUGAUCGCACGAAAGGGCCUUUCCGAUACUUACGCAUUGCUCAAAAUGGCAAAAACUCGUCGGGACAGACUUACUACUUGAGCAUUUCUGGAUUUGAAGUCUAUGGAGAAAUUGUUGAUGUAGUUAUAGAUGGAUUUGCACCACACAAAGACGAGAGGGGUGGUUGUGCUUUCAGCAAGUCCAAAAUUCCUCUUCCAUCGUCUUCGAGGAAGGAUUACAACAGGGAUGAGAAGGUUGAGUCGUUAAUGCCACAAGGAGCGAACAACAAUAAAUUAAGAGCUGGCCUCACAGCUGACAUGGUUUCCAUGAUGCAUACAAGAUCUCGAAUGCGUGUGGCACGCGCAGCCCGUCACGCUGCAGUUGGCACUGAUGCCCGAGGUAUGCGUGUUAUCCGUGGACCAGAUUGGUCUUGGGAUGACCAAGAUGGCGGUGGUGAAGGCAAAAUCGUCGGAUGUGUUGAGAAUGGUUGGGUUGAUGUGCAGUGGGACAAUGGAUACACAAAUUCGUAUCGAUUCGGAGCUGACGGUCGCUUUGACAUUCAACGUGUCAGUGGACGAACAUCGCUCACUACGUCCACUCCUGCUAUCUCUGUACUGGAGGCUGUGAGAGCAAAAGGUCGUGGUUUGAUGAGCAAAACUAGAGAAGUUGGUGGUGCACGAGAAGGGAGCUCGUCUCCAUUUGCAUCGUUCACGGGCUUCACACCAUUUGCCACGAAGCAGCGCAAAUCUGGAGUUUCUACCCCGUUGUCGCGUUUUGCCAAAGUACCAUCCACAUCGUCUGCGAGUACAGCUUCGAGCUCGUCAAAUAUCGGAAAGAAAUCUAUGUCAACCACCAACCUUGUGGAGGAUCGCGCCAAAGCUGGACCUAGUGUAGCUUCCACUGGUCAAGCAGCAUCGGCGGAGUCUUUGCAGCAUCAGACACAGUCACUCGAAAACCUUCUUGCUCGGGCCAAUCCACAUAAGUUUGGAAGAAUAGCAGAGAGUAUGGAGAGCGGUGCUGAGACGCCAGAGCCAGGUCAUGAAACCCCAGUAGCCGCUGAGACUGAAGAAAGCGAUUCUGCGACUAGUGCUGCCGGCUCUCAUGCUGCAUUGUCUGUAUGCUCAUCGCAGUCGUCUGUGGUUGAUGCGACUCCUCGCGAUGGUGCUACCCCAUCUGCACCUCAGGUUGACUCUACGAAACUGAGCAGUCUUUCUGUGUCCGCACCAGAUUUGGCUGCUGCGCGUCAACGGCAGCAAUCCAGUGACACCUUUGAGAUGGACAAAACUGUUGAAGAAGACGAGGAACAGGAGGGUGAAGAUGAAGAGGAAGAAGAAAGUAAUGAGAAGGUGAACUUUGCUGACAUGAUGGUGGAUGCGUUAAACAACACCUCGGAAAGGAGCCUCUUUGAGAAACUUCGCGAAGUUUUCGGCACAGAAGACUCUCUUGAGCAUCUCAUAACAUCUUCAUCCUCGAACACUGAGCUUGGUGAGGUCACCGCUCCAUCAACUUCUACAUCAGCCUCGCAGAAGAGCGUCAAGAAAGACAAAACCUCUCUCAAGCAAAAACUGGGCAACUACGCCGACGUGCUGAAGGGAAUCAUGCAAACGAUGAUGGAUCCUAGUGGAAAUUCGUUGGAAGUUGAGGAAUUGCUAGAUGAGGAUGACUAUUAUGACGACGAGGAAGGUAAUGAAGAGGACAUUGAGGAUGACCUAAACGCGCUCGGCGUACCCGUCGACUCUCUCGCCACCGUGCUGACUGGUAGAGGAGGUGAAGGUUUCAAACUGAAUUGGAAGCAGUUCUCUCAGCUGAUGAGUGGUGGGCUUGACUCACGCAGUCGCGAUCAGCGUGGCAGCGGUAAGAACAACUUCCGUUCCUGGGACGAUGAGCUUGUGUUGAAGUGCUCAUUCCAAGCGCUCAUUCCCGCAUUCGAUCCACGUCCUGGUCGUACGAACGUCAAUCAAACUCAGGAUGUUGAGCUUCCAGCGGUCGUCCCAGAUCCUGCACAGUCGAAGCCUGCGCCUUCUGAUGAGACCUCUUUGCGCCUGUUCCUUCGUGGGCCUAAUAUGAAUGGAGUCGAGAAUGUCACCUUAGAAAUGGCAGCGGAUGAUCACAGUCUUUUCUACUAUGUUCAGUCUCUUGUCGGAGCUAUUGAUUGGGGAACGAAAUGCGAACGCAGCCGUCGCGUGUGGGAGCCGACCUACACUCUGAUUUACGAAGAUGCAUCCCUUCCUUAUGUGACGAAGUUCAGCCAGAUUAGCUCAGAUUACAGCAAAGUGCCACCUGCUGUUAAUGAGUGUUUGGAAGUCAUCGGACUGCUUUCCCGUAUCGGAGAAAGAUUCCCUGAUGCGCAGCUCUCUCCUUCAGUCUUUAUCAGCGAUAAACUUACCCAGAAACUUACGCAGGAGCUUUCUGAUGCCUUGGUGGUCGCAGCCAGAGCAAUGCCAGAUUGGUGCGAACGCCUCAUUUACACAUAUCCAUGUCUCUUCUCCGCGGAGACAAAGAACAUGUACAUGCAAGCUACUGCCUUUGGAGUGUCCCGUACAAUUGUAUGGCUACAAUCCCGUCGUGACGCAGCACUUGACCGAGCACGUGGUGCAGCUCAGAGCGCUACUAGCAGCGCUAGCAGACCACACGAUCGCUAUCAAGAAUACCGUGUUGGCCGCUUGAAGCAUGAACGGAUUAAGGUAACUCGUUCCGAAGAACAUCUUCUUGAGCAGGCUAUCCGUGUUAUGAAAUUCCACGCUGAUCGCAAAGCAGUUCUCGAGAUCGAAUAUGUUGGUGAAGAGGGAACUGGUCUAGGUCCUACUUUGGAGUUCUAUGCCUUGGUUGCCGCCGAACUGCAACGAAAGGCAUUAGCUAUCUGGCUUUGUGACGACAUGGAUGAGCAUCAGCUGAAAAUGGAAGAACGUGAGCUUGAUCUGGGUGAAGGAAAGAAACCUCCAGGGUUCUAUGUCCGUCGCGCCGGUGGCCUUUUCCCUGCUCCACUUCCACCUCAUACUGAUGAAGUGCGUAGAGCAUCGGAAAUGUUCCGAGUACUUGGUAUUUUCUUGGCCAAAGUUCUGCAAGAUGGAAGGCUAGUUGAUCUGCCGCUAGCUCGUCCGUUCUUGAAACUCAUUGUCUCUCCACACCUAAGCGAGGCUGAAGAACCAUCACUAGACCGUGUUUUGUCAUUGGAUGAUUUCGAAGAAGUUCAUCCUGUAAAAGGUGGCUUCCUCAAGGAAUUGCGAGCCCUAGCACAAAGGAAACGCGCAAUUGAGAACGAGCCCAUGUUGGAUCGAGAAGCAAAGAGGCGAAAGAUUGAUGAGCUGAAAUUAUGCAUUCACGGCACUCGUUGCCGUGUUGAGGACCUAGCUUUGAACUUUACCGUUAAUCCUCCAUCCUCUGUGUUUGACUAUGAAGAAAUGGAAUUGGUCGAAGGAGGUGCGGACAUGGAUGUCACGAUGGAUAAUGUUGAACUUUAUGUACAAAAAUGUGCGGACUUCUACCUAAAUACGGGAAUAGUGAAUCAAAUGCGCGCAUUCCGUGAUGGCUUUGACCGCGUUUUCGGUCUGCGAGCACUCCGCUCAUAUAGUCCUGAGGAAGUGCAGCGUUUACUGUCCGGUGAGCAGUGUCCGGAAUGGACGCGUGAGGAUGUGCUCAACUAUACCGAACCAAAGCUUGGAUAUACCAAAGACUCACCUGGCUUCCUGCGAUUCGUUGACGUAAUGGUAGAGCUAAAUCCCCAAGAACGAAAGAACUUUUUGCAGUUUGCUACAGGAUGUUCUAGCUUACCUCCAGGAGGUCUUGCCAAUCUCCAUCCACGUUUGACAGUGGUUCGUAAGGUCGAAAGUGGCGAUGGAAGUUAUCCUUCCGUAAAUACUUGCGUGCAUUACCUCAAACUGCCGGAGUAUUCGUCAGCUGAUAUUUUGCGAGAACGCCUUCUGACGGCUGUCAACGAGAAAGGAUUCCAUCUCAACUAAUAUCGCAUUUAUUGAUAUUUGAUUUUUCUACCAGCUCACGGUGCAAAACAUUAGAAUUGUUUGUAUUUCGAUCAGAUGUGAUUGGACAUAGCUCAAGCAGAUCAUCCACCACAUGUGCACCUUUCUAUACAUAGCGCUUUUUCAAACUAAUGGGUACAAUUUCGUUUUCUGUUAUACUCCUCUUCAGCACUGUGUUCCUCCAUUUUCACAUUUCGACCGGCUUUGAUGAUGAGCGUUAAAUCCGCGAAAUUACCGUAUCAGUCCGUGAGAUCACCUCCGCACUUUUGGUGUUUCACUAGUCUUCAAGUGAUACCUGGUUGCCGGUGUAGAGUGGAACCAACGAAGCGUUGCGUUUUCGAUUUGGUUGCGGAAGUGAAUGUUUGCUCUCUCCACAAAACAUCAUUCUCGGUUUUAAUUCGAACAAUAUUGCCUUUGUCUUCCUUUGCGGUACCAGCAAUAUGGUGGAAGAGUUCACUCACAGUUCUUGAUUCUUUCUCUUGCAUGUGUUCUAUGUGUUAUCUCUACCCUCUACAUAAAGAUGUGAAAUUUGAUUGAUUUUUUCUACACGCAGAACGGCUUAUGAC